AUGCUAUCUUCAUCCAGACCUGUUACUUAUGCGCUUUUUCUUUCGCUAUUUGCCGCAGUAGCCUAUUGUUUCACUAGGGAUGAGAUUGAAAUUUUCCAAUUACAGCAGGAAUUGCACACAAAAUACGGGUCAAACAUGGACUUCUAUCAGUUUCUUAAGCUUCCCAAACUAAAGCAAUCUACUUCUGCUGAGAUAACCAAAAAUUUCAAAAAACUAGCGAAGAAAUACCAUCCUGAUAAGAAUCCAAAGUACAGGAAGUUGUAUGAACGAAUUAACUUGAUCACCAAGCUAUUAUCUGAUGAAGGUCAUCGUAAGACUUACGACUACUAUUUGAAAAAUGGAUUUCCUAAAUAUGACUACAAAAAAGGUGGGUUUUUCUUCAAUAGGGUUACACCCUCUGUAUGGUUCACCUUCUUCUUUCUGUAUGUUCUUGCUGGUGUAAUUCAUCUUGUGCUAUUGAAACUCCAUAACAACGCAAAUAAGAAAAGAAUUGAGAACUUCGUGGCUAAGGUCAGAGAACAGGACACAACCAAUUCAUUGGGUGAAUCUAAAUUGGUCUUCAAAGAGUCUGAGGACUCGGAAGAUAAACAAUUACUUGUGAGAUUCGGUGAAGUGUUCGUCAUUCAGCCUGACGAAUCAUUGGCGAAAAUAUCCACGGACGACAUCAUUGAUCCUGGUAUCAACGACACUCUAUUGGUUAAAUUACCUAAAUGGAUCUGGAAUAAAACCUUAGGUAAGUUCAUCAAUAUUGGCACUUCGAAAAGUCAACAACCCAAUAAAGGCUCUCCAAACAAAAAUAAAAGGAACAGCAAAAUAAACUCGAAAGCCCAAUGA